UUCAAGACUCUGCUGUGAUUAUAAUCUACAGUUAAACACAUCAAGUAUUUAAAGUAUAGUUUGCCAUUUUAUCGGAUUGCACUGCACUGCACUGUGUGUGAUUUUUAUUCUGCUUAGAGACAUCAAGAUGACAAGUGCAACAUACUCCUUCCAUUAUGAACAGAUCUGGGAAGAGUCUAAAAAUCAUUCUAAGGAUUGGAGCCAGAGAAUCAGAAUGAGGAUAGCAGAUGAGACACAAAAAUAUAUAUUUCACAAAGAGAAACAAGAGUUUGAAGAGUUGGGUGAGAAGCAUGUGUCUGAACUUGACUUCUUUCCAGGUGGACUGGAAAUGGAGGAAAGUGUACUGGAUGCUGCUGAUCAAGAAACGGUGAUGUGUGAAGAGAACAGCAAAAAAGAUUCGUGUUCCAAUGCUAUUGUCAAGAAAAAAAGGAAGAAAAAGAGGUUAGAAAUAACCACUGAAAACUUACAAAGUCUGGUUUUAUUUACUAAAAGAAGAUAAAAAUAGUGAAUAAGCAUUGAGAAAGAAAAUUGUUGAACUAAAUAACUUAUAUUUCACUCUGUGAAGGUGGGUGGUUACUAAAUUUUUGUUAUAUAAAUAACAAUUUCUAACUUUCCUUUCAAUCUCCAAUGUUCUCUUAGUGUUUCCAAAUGACAUAUAUCUCAUUAUAUCCUAAAUGCCUCUCCCCACCCUUUCAUUUUUACUCUAAAAUAAAAAGGAUGAAAGAUAGCUGAUUGGUCAUAUGUUAACAAUGUGUGGCCUGUUUGAUUUUGGUUAGCAUAACCAAUUCUCUUUCAUUGAACAAACCUCCGUUGAACAUGCGUGACUGAUACCAUGUGUGAAUUGAAUCACUAAGUUUACAGGACUUUCCUCUGAGAUUCUUGGCAAUUGAACUUAAGAAUUUAACCUAAGUAGGGCAGGUUCAGACAAACACCUUCUGCUAGGUUGCAAGCAGAAUAUGAAUACUACAGCCGUCUGUCACUUUGUUCUAGCACCUUCUUUUGAUUCUUGAGCCUUUGGUAUAGCAUAAUAACAAAUUAGCUGUUUUCAUCAUUUUUAUAAAUAUAAAACAAAUAGAGGCUAUUCUGUAUGUAAAACAGCAUUUCUGUUGUCCCAGGGAUUGACAGUUGACAAUCCUGCUGCAUACCUUUUCAGGCCAAGCAAGUUUUAAAGUCUCUCCCUGUCCAUUGAAGCAUACUGUUUGUAGUCUGACCCUUCAUUUAAAGCUAUGAGACUCUGACAUUCAUUUUUCCUCUUGCUGAUUCACAAGCACACAUAUGUGAAAGUAAAACAUUAUAGAUGGUAAGGGAACCAAGUGAUGUUCUACUUGUGCAAGAAUGCAGAAUCAUGGGACAAAAGACUGAAAUCUUUUUUUAAGAGCAAAAGCAAUAUUUUCAGUCUUGAAAAAUUUAAUUAAUUACUUUGGUUUUAAACAUCCUGAAGAUGCUACACAUACUAAAAUAUCAUAGAUUUGUGAGGCCUUUCCUGGACUACCAUACAACAUAAAAUGAAAAUAAAAUUUCUGUAUUUGCAUAAAACAUGGCAAGAUCCAUAUCCAAAUGCUGAUUUCGUGUUCAAUUUGUGUUGGUUAGAAUGGAAUUUUGGUUAUUUUUUCCAAAUUUAUUAUAAUGUAUUGAUACAUUAUACAUUGAUACAUUUCUGCUAAAGAAUCAGAACAAAUUCUGAUUACAGUUCAUUGUAACUCUUACAUCUCCCUGUUGGUUCCAUCUUACAAAUACUCUACUUCCGUGAUGGUGAACCUAUGGCACAGAUGCACAAGUGGCAUGUGGAGUCACAUCAGUGGGCAUGCGAGAGUUGCCCUAGCUCAGCUCCAGUGCGCAUGCUUGCACCAGCCAGCUGAUUUUCAGAAACGGACCAUUUCCAGCCUCUGGAGGGCCUCCGGGGGUGUGGGAAAGGCGGUUUUCACCCUCCCCAGGCUCCAAGAAAGCCUCUGGAGCCUGGGGAGGGUGAAAAACAGGCCUACUGGGGCCACUGUGCCAUCAUGUGCCAAAAGCAGGGUGAGCACAGCGUGCGCGGGGGGGCAAGACACAUUGAAUUAUGGGUGUGGGCACACAUGCAUGCAACCCCCAUGCACGACCCCCGCUUUUGGCACGCGAUAGCAAAAAGGUUAGCCAUCACUGCUCUACCUCAUCUUUAUAUUUCUGAGUAUAGACUUGGGAAGGUAUACUAGCCUUCUUCUAAGUACAAUUUUAAAAAGCUUAAUUUUUCAUACAUUAGGUGAUAAUUAAAACUUAUUUGGUAAUCAUUUUGUUAAAGUUGCAUUCUAAGCUGAAACCCAGUCCCUCUGGAAAUCCUUAACCAAAGUGGGAUUUCACUGAGCUUAGUUUUCUUAAUUCACUUAGUUUUCCACAAUAAUACUUGAUCCCAGUGUCCAUGGAGACUGUCAAAUCAUCCAGGUCCAAUCCUUACCAUUCAGUCAGAACGGAAGAAGCUUCUUGGAUGAGAAGCGAAAUUUUUUCAAAGAAAAAACCAAGAAAGUCCAGGUGCCUUUUGAAAAGCAACUUUGGGAUUGGAGAUACAAGAUCCAGAAGGUUCUUAAAUACUUUGCAGUAAGUUGUGCAUUGGUUUUGCCUGUCUGCCUCUGUCUUUUUUCUUCUUUUUAUGUUUUCCAGAUGACCAGUGAUAAAUCUGACCAACUGUAAAUAUGAGAGUGUACGUCGGGCUGCCAAAAUGUGUGGGCUUCGGGAAGCAACCGAGACGGAUGACUGGACCUUGUACUGGACAGAUUAUUCUGUGUCUCUGGAUCGGGUAAUAGAGAUGAAAAGUUAUCAGAAAAUAAAUCAUUUCCCUGGAAUGACAGAAAUCUGUAGGAAGGACCUUCUAGCCAGGAAUAUGAGCAAAAUGUUAAAGCUUUACCCCAAGGAAUUCAACUUCGUUCCCAAGACUUGGUGUCUUCCUGCUGACUAUGGUGAAUUGCAGGCCUUUGGAAGAUCAAAAAAACAUAAAACCUACAUCUGUAAACCAGACUCUGGUUGUCAAGGCAAAGGCAUCUUCAUCACAAAAACUGUAAGAGAUAUCAAACCUGGGGAGGAUAUGAUCUGCCAGCUCUAUAUCUCAAAGCCAUUUAUUAUUGAUGGUUUCAAGUUUGAUCUUCGGAUUUAUGUGUUGGUGACAUCAUGUGAUCCACUACGAGUAUUUGUUUAUGAGGAGGGACUUGCACGUUUUGCAACAUCUACGUAUUCAGACCCAUCACCAAGUAAUUUGGACAAUGUCUGCAUGCACCUGACUAAUUAUUCAAUUAACAAGCACAGCGCUAAUUUUGUACGAGAUGAAGAUUCCGGUAGUAAGAGGAAGCUGUCCACCUUUAAUAAGUACAUGGAGCAAAAUGGUUAUGAUACGGGGAAAAUAUGGAAGGAUAUUGAAGAUGUUGUUAUUAAAACAUUGAUAUCAGCUCAUCCUGUCCUCAAGCAUAAUUAUCUUACUUGCUUUCCCAAUCACACCACGUGGAGUGCUUGUUUUGAGAUCCUGGGAUUUGAUAUCUUGCUGGAUCGAAAACUCAAACCAUGGUUGCUUGAGGUGAAUCAUUCUCCAAGCUUCAGUACGGAUUCAUGGCUGGAUAAAGAAGUAAAAGACCAACUAUUGUACGACACUCUGGUAUUGAUCAACCUAGGAGCAUGCGAUAAGCGCAAAAUCUUGGAAGUAGAGAAACGGCGAGGGAAAGAAAGGCUUCUCAAGCAAUGUCGUAAUCGUGAAGCCAGAGCCGAGGAAUUCAAAAACUGCCAGGCUGUGUGGCUUCAGCAAGCAGAGAUCUAUGAAGAAAACAACACAGGAGGUUAUCGCCGAAUAUAUCCCGAUUCUGAGUCUGUCAAAUAUGAUAAGUUUUUCCAACAGAAUAGUUCACUUUUCCAGGAAACAGCAGCUUCCAGAGCUCGUGAAGAGUAUGCAAGGCAUCAGCUGCAGGAGCUGCGUCUCAAACAAGAACAAAAAUUUACAUUGAAAGAAAAGAAGACUGAAUUCCCAGGAGAGUCCAGUGGAGAAAAAACAAAGAUUCCUAGGCCAAAGACGGUAAAUAGAUCAACUAUACUGCCAGUCUCGGUUCAGAUUUCUUCAGAAUCAGGACCUGAGACUGUUCUCCUGCUUGAACAUUUUUUGGAUGAACAAGAGCCCAAGAAAGAAAUGAUCUGUGAAUUUUCAAAUAUUUCCCCACACAAGAGCCCUGAAACAGAUAACCCAGAGUAUUCUGCAAAGCAUCCAGUGAGGCCUUACAGCUCUGUGCCUAAUUUGACCUUGCAAAAUUCAUCCAGCACUCCAGAACAAUUUAAUUCCAGGCCAGAACUGCGGAAUACUACUAAUAUUCGCCAUUCUGCAACUAAUAUGAACAUUAGAACAAAACAUCCAUCUUCAAAUGAAUUUACAAAAGCAUGCAGUAAACAAAACUCGUGUCAUCCUGACAAACAUUUUCCAGCAAUGAACAAACAUCGUGUGAGGAGCAAAACUGCAAAAGACAAGGGUGUCUGUGAAACUCCAGCUGUUAAAAAUUUCCACCCAUUUGGUGAAUUGUCUUUCCAGUAUGUUGGAGAAAAAGCAGUUUCAUCACACUCAGCAGUCAAGGCAAUGAGAAAGAACUUUUCUGAGAAUGGCAAGGGAAAAGCAUCUUUCUUUAUUUCAGAAUUUUUCAGCAAAAAUUUUACAACAUCUGAAAAGCAAUUAAAACAUCUCUGCCAAUUCCAGUCUCAACACCCCACCAAUCGAGCAAAAAGUGCUUCCCUCCCCAGAGAAAUCGUAGGGGCCAGAAGUGCUUCUGGCAGGAAGCCAGCAAAAUACUAUAAUAUUCACUUCAGCCUGCAGAAGCCAACGAUUCAGCAACACAGCUUGCAAGAUUUGCUGGUGAUCUCACAGAUAAACAGCCAGACCGCAAGACCUAAUGACCCCAGAGUGAGAAGUAGUCCUUAUUCUUAAGGGUCUGAAUGAAUUCUUUGUAAGCAUUGGAAAGCGCUGGAGCCCAGAAGAAACAGUUUUCUAUUAAAGAGAACCCAGAAUUUUUUGAACUAUUCAAUUAUACAUUUCCAAGCAUAAUCCUACUGAAAGAAGCUUCCAUGCAGCUAAUGAAAUUUGAGCUAUGAACUGAUAGCGUUUUUUUAGACUAAGUGGAUCUUGAGAUAGCAGAAUGUCCUGAUUUUUCUGUUUCUUGAAGAAAUAUGUAGCUAUCUAUAAUUUUAUAAAUGAGAAAGUCCUCUUCUGUACAUUUUUAAGAAAAUGAAUGCUGCACUGAGUUUCAAAUAUAGAGAUGUGAUCUUUUGUACUACUCCCAGUUAUGUAUUUCUGUACCUCUGCCUUACUCUGUGUACUGCAGACUGACUCCUAAGGAUUGAACUUGAUCCAACAUAUAGUGGGGCGGGGGGGUUUCCCUGAUUUUAUUUUUAAAUAAAAAAUAAUCCUUGGAGGUUUCGGUAGAAAAAUGAAGUGCUGUUUAACUAUUCCCCUCCAGUUAUCUACUCAUUCAAACAUUUCCCCAUUCUAUUAUUUUACCUAUUGUGGAAAACAUACAGGACUCAACAGUAUCUCCUAUCCUGCCUUCUGGUUUCUAUUGCAGCUCCCAAAGUUGCUUUUCAUUUUAAAAAAAAUCAGGGGAAAGAACUAUGUGACAAUUCAUAGAUCUAAAUAGAGUUUUUAAAAUGGCAAAGAUACUUAUGCAA